AUGAAGCGCCUAUUUUUAGUGCUUGGCACUGUGAGUGGCCUGUCCUCCAAGGGGCGGGAGCUGCCACCAGAUCCCGCCAAAGUCGCUCUGCCCGCGGUGCCCGCGGUCCGAAAUGCGGGAAAGGAUGGUAUGCCAGAACUUCCUUCGCUGGAUGACAUCAUGAGCCCGACUUCCCAAACCAUGUUUGGCAUCAGCUCAGAGGCCAAACAGCUCGAGGCGAAGAUGCUCAAGAUAGAGCACGAAAACAGCUUGCGCCUUCAGCGGCAGAAGGCAGUCUUCGACCGAAAGCUGAAGGAGCAGGAAGCCAAGAACCAGGGUGUGGCGAAGGAGAAUGCUGACCUGGCCAAGACCAUUAUGCAGCUGAAGAAAAACAACGAGGCCACUUUCGCCAAGUCCAAGACACUACGUGAGGCCAUAUCAUUGCGAAAAGCGGAGGUCAAGAAUAUGCAGGAGCAGCUUGCUGCCGUGCAGCAGUACUUGGUCGACACCUUGUCAGAUGCCGACGAAAGCAAGGCGCCAGAACUUGCCAUCUUGGAUGAGGAGGAGAAAGCCGAAGCGGCCGAAGCCCAGGCGGUUGCCGUGAAGAGGAAGGCUGCUUCGGCCAUAGCCAUCGCCGAGCAGCGAGCCAAGAAAGACGAGGCAGAGGAACCCAACCUCUCCUUCCUUCAGGUGGAGGAGGAGCCUGAUGAUGCGGCUGCGCUGGACAAGGAGGCGGAUGUUGGAGAGCCAGAGAACCUGCUUGGUGUCCUCGCGGACGGGGUGAAGAACAUGAAAAAGCAGGGCGAGGUGACAUCAAAUCACUUGAAAUCGCUCUUCUUGUCCAGCUUGCAAGACGGCGUGAAGCGUCGAAAGGCACUCAAGGCGCAGCAGAAGGUCUUGCAGCAGACGCUUACAAGCAUGAAGUCCUACGAGGCACGGCUUGGAAGAGCCGAGGACCGCUUGACGGUCACCAAGCAGACAUUGGACAAGCACCUCCAUGAUGCAGGACUUUUUUUGAAAAAGCUGUCGCAGCUUCUGCUGGAAAAGCCCGAGGCUGGUCAGAAGGAGCUGGCGGCCUUGCAGCAACAUUCUUCUCUCUGA